CCGCCGCCGCCGCCGCCGCCGCCGCGCGCCCACCGCUCCGCGCGCCCCCUCGGCCCCCGCUGCUGCCGCCCCCGGAGUCCGCACGGCGGCGGGGCUGGCGCGGCGCGAGUGGCCGGCGAGCGCGGCACCAACAAGUGAGCGGGCGCCGCGGGCCCGGGGCGCACGGCCCCCCGCGACCCCCGCGCCCCCCGAGCCCCCCGGGCGCGCUCGCAGCGUCGGCGUCGGCGUCCCUCGCGGUCCUGUGCCAGCGGCGGCCCCGAGCGGCCGGUGCCCGGGAAGAUGCGGCGCGCGUGGAUCCUGCUGACCCUGGGCUGGGUGGCCUGCGUGUCGGCCCAGGCGAGGGCAGAGCUGACGUCUGAUAAGGACAUGUACCUGGACAACAGCUCCAUUGAAGAAGCUUCUGGAGUGUAUCCCAUCGACGAUGACGACUAUGCUUCUGCCUCCGGCUCGGGAGCCGAGGAGGACAUGGAGACCCCAGAGCAGACGACGUCGCGGCCCCUCCCCAAGAUGCCCAUCCCCAGUGCCACGGCCAGGGUGGAGGGCAUCCCGCCCAAGACGCAGAGCAAGGCGCCUGCGCAGACAGAGUCCCCCGAGAAAGUGAACAAGGAGAUCGCUCCCCCUUCAGAGUCAGAGAGAAAGACGGACACAGCUGAGGAGGACACGAAUGUGUACACGGAGAAGCACUCGGACAAUCUGUUCAAACGGACAGAAGUGCUGGCAGCUGUCAUCGCGGGCGGGGUGAUUGGCUUUCUCUUUGCGAUUUUCCUCAUCCUGCUGUUGGUCUACCGCAUGCGAAAGAAGGAUGAAGGCAGUUACGACCUUGGCGAACGCAAACCAUCCAGCACUGCUUAUCAGAAGGCCCCCACGAAGGAGUUUUAUGCGUGAGACUCCCACUUCGUGUCUCUAUUUCUGAGAUCACUGAACUUUUAAGAAAUAAAGCUUUUGCAUAGAAUAACGAAGAUCUUUGGGUUUUUUUGUUGUUGUUGUUGUUUUCGUUGUCAUUAACACGCCACUUGGGCGCUUUAAUGAGAAGAUCCCGAUGUAUUUAAGACUUUCCAUGUAUUUCUUUAGAACAACAUAAGAUUUCAAGGUAACAUCUGCAGUGUUCUGUGAAUAGCAGUGGCAAAAUAUUAUGUUAAGACUCGAUGCUCAUGGAAUUGGUUGAUGCUUUUACUGUGCAAGUGUAGAAACCAUUUGUCUUUGCUGGCUAGAGCUGGAAGUUUUGUCUAUGACUGACUUGACCGAUUGGUCUGACUCUGUUCAUUUUCCCAUUGUUCCUCUCUUCUCUGCUAAUUCCCACCCUCCUCCCCCUGCUUAAAAACAAAACUCUAUACCUUCCAUAGUUGUUAUGGUGCAAUUUUGUCUUUGGAGCAUUCAGAGAAUGGUAAUUUCGUGUACAUGUGAUUUUCCAAGAUGUAAACUCUAACCUCCACUUUGUAUAAACGUCUCUGUUUUAGACUAUCCAUUUUACACUCGCUUUUCUUUGCCAUUACGUGUGGCUUCAGGCAGGUUUGCAACAGCAAAUUGAUGUGUAAAAUUGGAUUAUGCCUACAAAACUGUUCAGUCAUAUCUAUCUGGUCAGAUCCUGUUCCAGGAGGAUGGGAUGGAGUCCCUGACGAGAGCCUCAGCAAACCCAAAGAUGCUCACAGUAUUUUGAGAAGUUGCUGCAAAUGCCUUGGGCCACUGUAUUUGUUCAUUUCUUGCAGUUUGACAGGGGUUGGAGGGUGGGGGAGAGUCAGCUUUUGCUUUUUAAAAAAAUGCAUUUAAGUUGUAAACGUCCUUUUAAGCCUUUGAAGUGCCUAUGAUUCCUAUGUGAUUCGUCGCAGACUGGUGUUAAUGAGUAUAUAUAAGGGUUUCAAAGAAGUUGGUAUUUUAUAAGCACAGACAAUUCUAAUAGUAACUUUUGUAGUCCUGCGAAUAGACAUGACUUGUAAUUUGGGAUUAUACAAACUACUGAAUAAAUCAUGUGGCCUCCUAUCGAAAAUGUCACUGUUCUAGAUUUUGUGUAUUUUCGACCAGCUGUCCCUUUCCCAAGGACCGCCCGCUGGGGUUGGAUCUCUGAGCAUUCGCUCAGUGCUCCUAGAUGAACACCAAAGACAGUCCUGCUGAUGAGCAGAUUCGCUUCUGAACUAGCCAGAGGAAAUGUGAAUGUAUUGUUCUGUGUGUGAGUGGAGGGAUGGGCAGACUGCCAAGAGACCGGGACAUUCGCAAGCUUGCCAGGCUGGCGGGUGUCAGUAUGGAGAGGGAUGCUUGCUGUGGCAAAGAACUUUUAGUUCUAUCAAUCCCAAAGCGCAGAGGGGUCCUGUCCUGGCGUGGGUAUCUAAGGGUUAGUCCUAGAGACCGUUGGACCUUGGAACGCUUGCUCCCGAUCACCCCUUGAAGCUUAACCGCAGACCUAGCUAAUCACUCGAAGACCCUUGUCUGCAUGCCAAGGGGGGCAUGGGCCAAACUGACUGGCUCCCUGCCUGAGAUUGAACUUGCUAGAAAGGAUGGAAGAAUGAAGGUCCUUCGAUCCUUCCUUCUAGCCGAACAUUUCCUUUUUCUAUUUGGCCAUCCAUUUUAUUUCCAACCAUGAGCCGCCUGACUUAAAUAGGAAGAAGAUAGCCAAAAAAAAAAAUGAUCAAUCUUCUCCAUGGAUGCUUUCUUUAGAGUCUUCCCUGGAAUGGCCAUAGAACCCAAUCAAAACAAAACUUUUUAGCAACUCUUGGAUCUGUGUUUACUUAAAUUCUUAAUGGCCUUAAUUCCUGGCCCAUCACUUACAGAAUCAAUCUGCUUUGAGGGACUGAAAAAGAAAGAAUAGCAGUUCCCAGCACCCCCUGCUUCUACAGCUAUCGAGGCUAAGAAUACAGUGGGGGUUGGGGACUGGGGGUUCCAACGGCAAAGCAGACUCAGUUCAGUGUGGAGAGUAACAACUGCUGGGGAAAUUGGUGCCAGGAAAAGAACAUUUCUGGCAAAUAUUUUGUCACUGCUGUAAAGCAAAAUAUUUGUUGAAGUGCCAAAAUAAAGUCUGUCGUGCUGAAAGUAAAA